UUGUGUGUGUCAAUUUGAAUAAAGUGACACUCAUCAAAAGCACAUGCACACUAGAAACUACUCUCCUAUGGAAAACGAAUCACUAUCGUCAACUGAACAAAACUCGAUCUUUUCACUUACUCUGGAAGAGUUACAACUCAAAACUGGAAGGAAUUUUGGAUCAAUGAACAUGGAUGAACUUCUCAAUAGUAUUUGGAAUAUGGACGCACAACAACAACAAGAUCUCCUAUCUACCCUAAACCAAAACGAAGGUGAGAUUCUAGCAGAUGGACCCAUUUUCCAUGGUCAAGGUUCAUUUAAUAUCCCAGCACCUUUAUGUAACAAGACAGUUGAAGAGGUCUGGGCGGAGAUCCAAAGAAGCCAAUCUUUUCAAGAAAACCACACUGAUUUAAUGGAUAAUGGUGUCUUAGAAACACAACUAACGUUUGGAGAGAUGACUUUGGAAGAUUUCCUGGUAAAGGUAGGUGCCCUUCACGGGGUCUCAUUGGAUCUUAGUUCUUCUCAACUAAUCAUAGCAGCAUUGACAAAUACCUCUAUGAACUUCUCGUCAAACAAUGCAUCUUUCAAUUCAAGCAUUGUCAUACCUGAUCAACCCAUGAUGGAUGUCGAGUUUUCUCAAACUAACAAUGGGGGAGGAGGUGUUCUAGUUGGCAAUGGUUCUAAUUCCAUGUACCCAAUGUAUGUACCAACAAAUGGAAGCUAUAUCGGAGAAUCCUCUAGGGCUGGCGCCAUUGGAAAGGGGAGUAGUGGAUCUAGAACCAAAAGGAGGUCGACAAUGGCUUCUUGUUCCACUGAGGUUGCUAUAGAAAGAAGGCAAAGGAGAAUGAUAAAGAAUAGAGAGUCAGCUGCAAGGUCCCGAGCAAGAAAACAGGCUUAUACUGCGGAGCUAGAAAUAGAGCUGGAUCAAGUAAGAGAAGAGAACACCAGACUGAGGCUCAUUGUGGAAGAAGCUGAAAAUAAGAAAAGGGAAGAGGAGAUGAAUGAAAAUUCAUCACCAAAUGAGCAAGUUGGGGGAAUGAAGAAGCUGAAGGCAAUAAGAAGGACAUCAAGCACUAGUUGGUGA